AUGUUCUUCAGCAGGAAAGGCUCGAUGAUGGGACCCCGAAUCUCCCUCCCCUUAUUCCCCGUCUUCCUUCUGCCCCCUUUAUUCCUCCUCCUCCUUUGCCCCCUUAUUCCUCCCCUUCCUUUAGCCCCCUUCUACCCCACCAACCCUUGGUCUAUUAAAUAUGUUGGUUGCGUCAGACAGAGAUGGAGAUACGCGUGGGCGCAGGAGAAAGAGACGGCUGACUGGUUACGUCGC